ACUACGCAUAAUUCAUGAUGUACAAUUAUGUAAUGCAGUGUCCCAAAUAGUCAUUUUCCUUCUUCCUUCGCAGAUCUAAUUGUUCUCUGCAGAAAAAGCGAAGCUUGUUAAUCCCAUCGCCAUUGCGGAGGAAACUUAGAGACUGACAAUGAUCCAUAUCCUUUCUUCUUCUACUACUACAAGUACUUUUCUCAUACUCUUUUUGGUCCUUUUCACUCUGUCUCCAUUUCCAGUUUCGAUUGCCACUUCAUCUACCGUACCUUUCAACAUCUCCCACUUCCUUUAUCCAAGAAUCAACUACGAGGAAUAUCCCCAAUCUUCACCUAAUCCUCCUUCAUUUCUAGAGGACGUGUUAAAGGGAAUUGCUGAGCGAGAGAAAUGGGAUUUGCAGCACUUGAGAGUUUCCAAGUUGGAUGUGAAGAAAUCAAAGUUUGGGACUUUGAGGAGGUAUGAGUUUCGGGUCAGAAUUGGGAAGACGGAAUUGGUAUUCAUGAUGGCAGAUGAAGUAUCUCAGUGGAAAGGCCUUCACUUUCCUAACAAGAAUGAAUCCAACUUCGAGUCUUUGGUCAAAGAGAUUGGUUCCAAAGCCACUCUUGAUGUCCUAAAAAUCCAAGGGCCAUUCGAAUUAUAUGCUACUGGAGAUGAUUACCUGUCCUUGACCUUACCCCUGAAUUCUUCUUAUACUGGGUUGAAAAAGAUCCUUGUUGAUGAGGGCAUCACUGUAGAAGUUAAAGGUGCUGAUGAAAUAUCAAUGUUCAACAUCUCUGAUUUGCUUAAAUUAGUAAAUGGAAGCAUGUUGACCAAGUCAGGAAGCGGUCAAUUUAGAUAUAUGUUGCAAUCGUCCUGCAUACCACUACUUCCCGUACAUGUAAAGGGACCUGCUUCAGUACUUGCCUAUAUCACCAGAAACCCCGACUUAAGAAUUGAAACUGCGUUUGUAUCCAGAAGAUCUAUCAAGUUGCUUUCUGAAAAAUGUUAUACAAGGCAUAUCUACGGAAAGUGGAGCUCGUACAAUGAUUUUCUGAGCCAGAAGAUAGCAUUGCUGGAAAAGGUUCUAAGGAGGUUUCUUGGUGGAAAAACCAGUCAAAUUGGACGUUACAAUCUCUUAAAAGUGAAAGUUAAAGACUUGACCCUUUUCCGCUUCCAGUUAGAGCUGGAAAGAGGUAUUCAAAACAACGACACAUAUUGGACUACUUUGGGGGAGUGGAGAACAAGGCCAGCUGUUGAACAUUCAUGGUUUGAAGUAACAGCAAGGUUUGAGGCUGAUAUCUUGAAGCCACGUCUGAUUAAGAAGGAUUACUUGGACUAUAUGUGAUAUGUUCACAACCACAAUAUUAUUAUAUGAUAUGAUUUGGAUCAAACAUCAGUAAUUCCCUUGGCCUUCUCAUCAGUGAUAUGAUCUUCUUGCUUCAGUUCUGGCUUCUUAUACUUGUACCAAGAAGCGCAUAGUAAGUAGAAACCAAAGUUAAGCACACUGACUCCUGCUAGCAACCAAUAGAAGUAGUCGAGCUUGUCUCUGUUCAGAUUGUUAUUAGCUAACCAGCCACCACUCACCUUGUUAAUUACACUCACCACUAUUGAGCUUGUGAAGUACCCAAAUGCCAUCGAAGACCAAGAAAUGGCCAUACUCAGUGAUUUUAAGCCUG